AUGGCGUACCUGUUCCGAGUCUACUCAGAUCAGUCCAAUGGCUUCAACGACCGCUUCGAGUUCAAGCCCGCCUCUGCAAUCUUCGGUCCAGCACCAGGCAUGACCCUCGAAGCGCAGCUCAUCAUCGCACUCUCCGGCAAGCUAAUUGCUCCGCACAACCCCUACAUCUUCUGGACUAUCUCACUGCACCUCGCGCUCCAACUCGCCCACAAGCGACAAGCGGCAGGCGAAAUCAAUAUCCGCAUCGCUUUUCUCGACGUCAAAGCCUCUCGUACGCCAGCUGGCGGACUUCUGCAAUUCGAAUCCGUCGCUUCCUUCGCGGCAAGGCUAGGCCUUGCCCUCAAGAAAGACAGAGAUGGCACACCUCGCGGGCUCGCCGAGUUCGUGACAAUGGACAGCGUGGUCGUGAAGGGCGACUCCCGUACCGCGAGCUUCGAUGCUCUGAUCAGCAACGGACUGUACAAGUUGUAUCCUUCGAUCGAGCAAGCGGCUGGCAUGCGGUCCGGUUCAGGCUUCAACCUCGAGCUGAGGUUGUUGCAGCAACUCUACUACGAUCCAGGUCGCAAGUGGUCGCUCAGCCGCACGAAGAUUGCACUGGCAGCAAAAAUUGCCUCUGCCUUUGUGGCGAAGGAUGUAAGUACCUGCAAAGUCGCGAAUCAAGUUCUCGGAUUCUUUCUCUCACUUCAAAACCGAGACAUGGACGAUCAGAAAGCACUACGAGCGUGGUCGAAGACGAACACUAAGCCUGAGGUGAUCGACCUCACCGAAGCCUCCGGCAUCGAAAUCAUCGACAUCACCCACGACUCCAAAUUCGACAUCAGCAACCCAGAGAUGGACACUUUCCGUUCCACCUCUGCCAUCCUCAAGGGCCGCACCAUUCUCGACAGCGUCCUCGGUAUGUGCACUACCGUUCCGGAGCGUGAAAUUCGCGCAGAGGUCGAGCUGUGGCACAAACAGCGCGAGGAGAACUACGCCGCGCACAGGGCGAGCAAGCCGCUUCGUGGGCAACGUGGCUUUCGUCGUGGUGCGAAGGUGUUUCCGGAUCAUGCCCGUCACCCUAGAGAGUUCCCGGUGAGGAAGCCGAGGACGGAGGUCUACAAGCAGAGGAGGGAGCGGAGAUACUAG